GCGGGGGGCGGGAGGCGUGUGCGCCGUGCCACCGGCGCGCCGCGGGAGGAGGGGGAGGAGGAGGAGGAGGCGGAGGAGCUGUCGCUGCCGCCGGGGUCAGUGGCAUGGGUGCUGGAGCCGGCGAGAGGGCGGGCCUUCUCGCUGUACAAGUCGCGCGCGGCGCUGGAGGGUCGGCUCGAGGCGCUCGGCGCCGCCGUCGUGCGGCGCGGCUCGCGCGUUGGCAAGUCUGAGGUGACGCUGAUCGUAAUCGCGGAGGGGGCGGAGGCAGGCGGUGUCUCCACCUCCCUCUGCCCGGCGGCGCGCGUGGUGCGCGAGUCGUGGGUGGCCAAGCGCUCUCUCGCCCUCAAGGCGGGGCGGCUGCCUCCUCCGCCGCCGCCACCAAAGCUGACGAGGAGCACGCCCUCUAAGCGGCGCGCGGCUCCGGAGGCGGCGGGCGGCGGCGAGAAGCGGGCGAAGCGCGCGCGCGGGCCUUCUGCGGCGGCGGCGGCGCGGAUGGAGCGAGCGCUGUCGGAGCGGCUCUACUUGGUGGAGCGGCGCGACGCGUCCUCGUCCUCGCCCUCGGGGCUGGUGCGUCUGCGGCACGACUUCGUCGUCCUCGGGUCUACCGGCAACGUGUACACCGCCUCCGUCAGCCAGCUUCCCUCGUGCUCCUGCGUCGACUUCCGAGAGCGGUCGACGAUCUGCAAGCACCUCCUCUUCAUCUACGUCAAGGAGGUCGCGGCCGCGGAGCAGGCGUCGGAGGCGGCGGGCAGCCGCGACGAGGGCUACCUCAACCUCGCCGCUCUGGUGCCGGGCACCGCCGCUGCACGGGACACCUCCACCUACUCGCCUUGGCUGGAGGUGCACCAGAGGCGCCGCGAGCGUGCAGAGAUGCUGGGGUCUCCGCCUUGA